CCCCAAACCCCUCACCAUAUAUAAAAUAACCCCUUGUUUCUCACUUUCCAAGUCCACUACUACCAACCUUGAGCUUCAUUACAGCAAGCAGGAAGAAGAAGAGUGAACAUAGCUAAAAAUGGAAACUCGCCGGAGAAGUUCCAUUACCUGGUUACUCUCCGGCUUCUUCCUCCUCGCCUUCCUCCUCCACUUAUCCAACUCAAGUGCAGAAGUUCACCACCAUGACUUCAUUGUCCAAGGGACUCCAGUGAAAAGGUUAUGCAAGUCUCACAACAUCAUUACAGUAAACGGCCAAUUCCCAGGCCCCAACAUUGAAGUCAGAAACGGUGAUACAUUGAUCAUCACUGUUUCCAACCGUACUCCUUAUAAUGUUACUAUACACUGGCAUGGAAUACGUCAGAUAAGAACAGCAUGGGCUGAUGGUCCUGAGUUUGUGACUCAGUGUCCGGUUAAGCCUGGAGGCAUCUAUACAUAUAGAUUCACCAUCAAAGAUCAAGAAGGAACACUUUGGUGGCAUGCGCACAGUUCAUGGCUGAGGGCUACAGUGUAUGGCGCCCUUAUCAUCCACCCUAAAGAGAAAAAAAAAUAUCCCUUCUUGCCACCCAAAAGGGAAUACCCAAUCCUUCUAGGCGAGUGGUGGGACCAGAAUCCCAUCGACGUUAUCCACGAGGCCAUCAGCACCGGCAGCGCCCCCAGCAUCUCCGACGCAUUCACCAUUAACGGGCAGCCCGGCGAUCUAUACAACUGCUCCUCCAAAGGUUUGAUUUUUAUCAUCAAAACAAGCUCCUUUAUCCACUUCUCUUCUCUUACAACACUGAAAAAGAUGUCCAUUUCCAUCUCAGAGAUCACCGUCUUCCCCGUCAAUCCCGGCGAGACCAUUCUCCUCCGCUUCAUCAACGCCGCCCUCAACACCGAGCUCUUCGUUUCCAUCGCCGGACACUCCAUGAUGGUCGUCGCCGCCGACGCCUCCUACGUCAAACCCUUCCUCACCUCCGUCAUCAUGCUUGCACCCGGCCAAACCACGGACGUCCUCAUCACUACCAGCCUACCUCCUUCCCGUUACUACAUCGCCGCCCGCGCUUAUUCCUCCGCCGAAUCCCUCCCCUUCGAUAACACCACCGCCACGGCCAUCCUCGACUACGACUGCGGUUGCCUCCCCGGACCCACCCAACCACCCCCUGCCCAACCCAUCCUCCCCGCUUUCAACGACACCCUCACGGUCACCGCCUUCUCCGCCGCCUUCAAGAGCCCCACACCCGUCAAGCUCCCAAGCCCCGUCGACGAGCACCUCUUCUUCACGGUCGGCCUAGGUUUAUUCGAAUGUCUGCCGGGUCAGAUCUGCGGCGGGCCGAACCACACCCGGCUCACCGCUAGCAUCAAUAACGUCUCCUUCGUUCUCCCGUACAGCUCUUCCCUCCUUCAGGCACAUAAAUUGGCCGUUCCGGGGAUUUUCACCACCGAUUUCCCUGCGAAACCACCGGUGGAAUUUGAUUACACCGGCAAAAACGUCGGCAGGGAGCAGCCGGAACCCGCGACCAAGCUGUAUAAGUUGAGGUUUGGAUCAGUGGUACAGCUAGUAUUGCAGGGGACGAGCAUUGUUGCUGCUGAGAACCAUCCGAUUCAUCUCCAUGGGUAUAAUUUCUACAUCCUUGCGGAGGGAUUUGGAAACUUCGAUCCGGCUAGAGAUACCGAGAAAUUCAAUUUGAUUGAUCCGCCGUUGAGGAAUACGGUCGGCGUGCCGAUGAAGGGAUGGGCGGUGAUAAGAUUCGUAGCAGAUAAUCCAGGGGUUUGGCUGCUUCAUUGUCAUUUGGAUGUGCAUAUCACUUGGGGAUUGGCCAUGGCGUUCUUGGUGGAGGAUGGGCUUGGAGUGCUGGAGGCGUUGGAGCCGCCGCCUCUGGAUCUUCCAUUAUGCUGAGCGGAGCGGGAAGCCAAGGACUGCUAGUUUACUAUUUUGAUUUCACAAAACUGUUCGUAUGGGGAGAAUUGGGGUCUUCGAAUUAAUAGUUUUCAUUGUUGCCGAUUCGCCAUGUUUGAUUCAGCAAUAAAGAUAGAGGAUACAUACUCAUUAAA